AUGUUGGCGCUCUUGACCGAGAGGUUGCUCCAAGUACCCGACCAUCGCCAACCUCGAGAAGACCACCGGUCUCCCAAGGCUUACGCUGCCAUCGGCCUGGGCGCCUUGUAUCUCUUCCUGAUCAUCUUCAACUUGGGCGGUCAACUGUUGACCAACGUUGCCGGGUUCGUCAUCCCUGGCUACUACUCCCUCAACGCUCUCUUCACCGCGAACACCGCCGAUGACACUCAGUGGCUCACCUACUGGGUUGUCUUCGCGUUCUUCUCCGUUAUCGAGAGCCUUGUUAGCGUUGUCUACUGGUUCCCCUUCUACUUCACUUUCAAGUUUAUCUUCCUCCUCUGGCUCUCUCUCCCCGCCUUCCGUGGUGCCGAGUUCAUCUUCCGUUCCUUCAUGGCUCCCAUGCUCUCCCGAUACUUCACCGCUGGCUCGACCGCCUCUAACCUUCGCGCUCGCGCUGAAGGUGCUGCCAAGACCGACUAA